GCAUCUUCCCGGAACCCUGAAUAACCUUCCCCACCUAUUUCCUGAGGAUUGUCACUGAGCAUUUUUCUUGCAUCAAUCCAGGGAGAACCCUUCUGCCUCCCUAGCCAUGCGCCAGAGCCACGCUGCGCCCGCUGGGCAAUAGGUACCACUAACAGCCUCUGUAGGGGCGGAGCACGCUCCCAUCUGUGCAGAACUCUGAGCCCAGCUCCUGGGCGACAGCCUCUGGCUGUCCCACGUCCAGUGCAGUAGUGAUUAUAGUCUCCCUGGACUCCAAACCGUCAGCCCCCCAGCCUCUCAUAUCAGAAGCACAGCGCAGCCUAAGAGAGUGUACCGGAACCCGGCAGGUCAGCGCGCCUUCUUGUCACUCCAAAGAGGCACUGGGCGCGCGCGGACCCCUCCUCUCGCCCGCCCCUCCUGCUGGCCUCUCCGCCCACCGACCCCUGGGUCCCGGGCGUCCUGGGCUCUCUACCCGAAGUGGAGAUGUGUGAGAGGCUGGCGAGGACGUGCAGCUCCUGAGAUCGCGCCAGCUGGCACCAUGCACCUGAGGCCGCUGCCCCUUGUCGUAGUCCCCGGUUUGCUGCAGCUGCUGUUUUGUGACAGUGAAGAAUUGAUACACACCACAGAGGGUGUGGACUGGGAAGACAGAGAUGUUCCAGGAGCGUUGGUUGGAAAUGUGGUACACUCGCGGAUUAACAGUCCUCUGCGUCUAUUUGUUAAGCAGCCUCCAGGCCCAAAGCCCGCUUAUACAGACAGCAUGGAAAACUUUUGGGAUUGGCUGGCCAACAUCACAGAGAUUCAAGAGCCACUGUCAAGAACUAAAAGACGGCCAAUAGUGAAAACGGGAAAAUUUAAGAAAAUGUUUGGGUGGGGUGACUUCCAUUCUAACAUUAAAACUGUCAAGCUUAACCUGCUCAUCACAGGGAAAAUUGUCGAUCAUGGAAAUGGGACGUUCAGUGUUUAUUUCCGACACAAUUCAACAGGCCUGGGCAAUGUUUCAGUGAGCUUGGUACCUCCUUCUAAAAUAGUGGAAUUUGAAGUAUCCCCCCAAUCUACCUUGGAGACCAAGGAAUCCAAAUCUUUCAACUGCCGUAUUGAGUAUGAAAAAACAGAUCGGGCAAAGAAGACUGCUCUAUGCAAUUUCGACCCAUCCAAGAUAUGCUACCAGGAGCAGACUCAGAGCCAUGUGUCCUGGUUAUGUUCCAAACCCUUUAAGGUCAUCUGCAUUUACAUUGCCUUUUACAGUGUUGAUUAUAAACUUGUGCAAAAGGUUUGUCCUGACUACAAUUACCAUAGUGAGACACCAUACUUAUCUUCUGGAUAAAUCUUCUCUCAGUAAUAGAAAUGAAAUACUCAUGUCAGUUUAUCUAGAAUGAUCAAGAAACAUGCCCAACUCUCCAUGGCAAAAGGUCCCUUUUAUUUCUGGCAGUGGACUACAAUUCCUUGUCCAGUUCCCAACUAAAAAAAAAUAUAUAUAUAUAUAUAUAUAUAUAUAUAUAUAUAUAUAUUCAAAUGUGGAGUGCAUUUUCCUUGGUGAUAAGUAACCUUUAUCUAAAACAUCAAACUGAUUAUGGAACCAUCAUACUUUCAUGGGAGAUGGUAACAUUCUGUAAAUGAUGCUUCUCUGUAAGAAACAUCGAUAGUAGCUUUGUGUGAAGGAAACCAAAGGGUGCAUGUGAGGAGCUCUGAUCUCCAAAUGAGCCUGCCUUUGCAAUGCUUUGGAAGGUUUCUUUAGAAAGAGUAGCUCAGUAGAGUAACUCAAACUAUGGUAUUCAAUAGAUGGAUUGUGUUUCUGGUGUUGAACCCUUUUUAAACCAGCUGUCUUCGUAUUGAUGCCUGUUUUAAUGGCUGGAGUGUUACGGGAAAGGCAAACAUAUUACUAUGUGAGCAGUUCUGAUUAGAAUGCGGUUGAAGCACUUUACCCUUAUGACUUUCAUUUGAGUGGUAUUGUAACAUGCAUUAGGGUACUAGGUAGGCAAAUGCGGGUCUAAGUCAGCUCAACAAUAAUGAAGAUGAUGAUGUUUCCAAACACUUCCAUGCUGAAAGAUUGUUUUUUAAAACUUUAUUCACAUUAAAGUUCAGGACUUCAUUGCCUUUGUUUGAUAGUAUGGUUUUAUAUACAUUUGUGGAACAAUUCUGAAACUGAAAGAAGUGUUUCUGGGCAGAAAAUUCCAGUCAUGUGCUCCUUAUCUGUAGCUCAUCAGAUUAGGAAUAUUUGUGUGUGUGUGUGUGUGUGUGUGUGUGUGUGUGUGUGUGUUCACAUAGUCACUAGACUGAAAAUAAGGAUUCUGUAAGGAAACAAUGAGAUACAUUUGAGUAUCUCUAAGUGUUAAAUGCUGAUACCUUCAAUGCCCAGGUCACUGAGCUUUUGAAAAUACUUCACUCUCUGUGUCCUCAUCUUCUAAAAGUUGAGUGGCCAUCUUUGUGAUGCAACUUGACAUUGUAUGAGAACAGAAAAAAAGGUAAAAGGUUUCUAGGGCUCUAGACAUGUGGUUACUCUCCCUGUAGUAGAUGUUAACUUCUUUCUCACUUCUCAUCUGUACAAUAUCAAUCAAGUAAAAUACUCGAAGAGGACUCAUGGAAGGUAAGUCCUAACCAACAAAUAUGUUCUUAACACAGUGUUCAGAAAGCCAACAGUUCUAUUCUCUAUUUCACAUCUCUAUUCUGUUCUAUUCCUGGUGGUAUCUGCAGUGUCUUACUUUGUGUUUUGUACAAGUUGUGCUAGGGUAAAUAUGUGGUAGUCCAUGCUUGAAGUUUCUUUUUGAGAUCAUUGGAUGCUUUUGUAAUUUUGUGGUUGGUGAAUAAUAUUUUGAGACAUAUUUUAUGUUCAUCUAGAAACAUGAGUAAAAUGCUAUCUAUUGUAAAAUAUGUGAGUACAUAUAUACUUAGGAUUUUCUGUGUACAAAUGAAUUAUGUGUGCAUUUUUAUGUAAAUAAAAAAGUUGCUAGUUCUA